AUGGACUCCUUCUCAUAUCCCGAUACCUACGACAAGGCGUACCUCGCCGACGCCUACACCAGCCAGCCCGACUACACCUUCGACUCCUUCUUCGACCAGCCCAUGUCGUCGAUCGAGCUCUCCUCCGGCUUCCCGUCAAAGGACCAGUCGGCCUUCAACCCAUCACUCCAGAGCUCGACCAAGCAGUGGCCGUCCGCAUCGAAUGCCAACGACAUCACCCCCUUCGGCAACCUCAACCAGUUCCCCUCCAACUCCUUCUUCGACCCCUCAAAUACGACCCCAUUCGAGCAGGCCUCCUUCAACGCCUCUCGACGGAACUCCUCGCCCACGCCCUCCCUCUGCGGCGACGCACCCACCCUCCAGCAGCAACAGGCUCUCCAGAUCAACCCUGCCUCCGUGCCGGCGACGAGCACCUCCCAGUCCAACCAGGCCUCCCCAUCGCUCUCCCCCCAGAGCCUCAAACGCGAGUCUCCCUCCUCACCCCCGUUCAUCCCAGCCUCGGAGCCCAAACGCCCCCAGAGGAAGCGUGGCCGACCACGUCUGGACCGCCAGUACUCGGACUCGUCGGCCUCGACCAACAACGUCAACGGCAACUGCAUCUCGAAAGGCAACGCCAAUAUGCGUCCAACCCACCGCCUCCCCCACAACCAGGUCGAACGCAAGUACCGCGAGGGCCUCAACUCGGAGCUCGAGCGCCUCCGCCGCGCGGUGCCGACCCUCCCCCAGGGCGCCGAGGACGGCAGCAGCACCGCCCAGCAGGUCCUCGGCCAGCCGAAGCCGAGCAAGGCCAUGGUCCUGUCCGGCGCGAUCGAGUACAUCAAGCGGCUCGAGCGGGAGCGCGACGAGGCCCUCCGCGAGUGCGAGGUCCUGCGCCAGAACGCUGUGGCCAACAGCAGCAACGGCGGGUGGGACGCCGAGUGGGAUCGCAGGAGCGGGUUCGAGGAUCAGUUCAUCGCGAGCGACGUCUACUAG